CUUGGUAAUUUUUCUCAUAUCAAAGUUAAAGCAAGGUAUGCAGCAAGAAUUGGACAAUGCUUUUCACACACGUAUGAAGGCAUCUCAAAAGAGUAUGAAAUUAUUCCAGACAUUACCAGAAACAAUUAUGUGUUUACAGAUGGUGUAGGAAGAAUAUCACUAGAAUUUGCUGUAGAAUUAACCAAGAAAUUCCAAAUCUCAUUUGCUGGCAAAGAAUACAUACCAUCAGCAUUCCAAUUUCGUAUGGGAGGGUUGAAGGGAGUUGUUGUUGUAGAUCCUGAUAUUCAUUUAUAUUCAGAUUUGGAUCUUCUCCUAUCUAAGAGUCAGGAAAAGUUCAUAGAUUCCUCCAGUAGCGAGUUUGAACUGAUUACUUACUCGAAAAGAAAUAGAUUUGCUAGUUUGAAUAGACAAUUGAUUGCUUUAUUGAGUUCCAAUAAGGUAUCAGAUUCGGUAUUUUUACAACUACUCGAUAGAGAUCUUGAAGAAAUCAAAAAGUUAUUUAAUGAUAAGAAGUAUAUGAGGAGAGUGUUGAGAAAAUCACAAGAUAAUAUCGUUGGAAAGAAUAUGAAGAAAGUGGCCUCUCUCAACUAUUUGGAUUCUCAAUACGACUUUUCUAAAGUUGUGCAAUCGGGAGAGGACAUUAAAUUCUUUUACCAAAUAGAACCAAAUGGUAGAAUUAUUCUUGACAAGGCUCUUUUAUUGAUGGGAGUUGUGGACUUUUAUGGAGUGUUGGAAGAGGAUGAAGUAUUUAUCCAACUUUCUGAAUUGGAAAACUCUGACUCUGAUCUUUAUGAUGACAAUUGUUUUGUGAAUGGUGGCACUUUGAGUGGAACUGUAGCAAUUACAAGAUCACCAUGCCUUCACCCUGGUGACAUUAGAAAGUUCAAAGCUGUUACAGAUCCAGAAAAGAUUAGCAAAUUAUCACACCUUAGAGAUGUAAUUGUAUUCAGCCAAAAAGGCAAUAGACCUGCAGCUAACAAAAUGAGUGGAGGCGACUAUGACGGCGACUUUUUCCAAGUAUUUUGGGAUCCACUCCUAGUUAAUUUUGAGGAAUAUCCCCCAAUGAAUUAUGAGGGACUUCCACCUGAAGAAAAGCACGACGGAUGUGACUAUCGAGUUAUUAGAGAAUUCUUAACAGAGUACAUUAUUAAUGACAACCUUGGUGUUGUUGCAUUCUUGCAUUUGGAACAUUACGAUAAGGAGGGGGAUGGGCUAAGAAGUGAACCUUGUUUGAAAUUGGCCAAACACCACAGUUAUCAAGUUGACUAUGCCAAAACUGGUGUCAGAAAACCACUUCCUACUGAACUUUUCUCCAACAGUAGACCUCACUAUAUGCCAAGAGUUUUUGGUAAGAAAACAUAUCACUCUGAAGAUGUUAUUGGAAGUAUUUAU